AUGCAGAUGACAUGGCUGCACUGGAUAACAGCGAGGAAGGUCUUCAAGAAACAACUGACCUUUUGUAUAUGUAUGGUGCCCAGGGAGGUAUCAGAUUCAAUGGUAAAAAAGACUGAGGCUAUGGUCAUUGGUAAAGCAACCUCUCAACGGCCAUACACGAAAGAAGCCACAGUGAACAUCACUGUUGAAGACACGCCAGUGCAGCAAGUUAGUGAUUUUACGUACUUAGGUACAAUUAUCUCCAGCGACGGUACUAUCGACCAUGAGCUGUCAGCUAGGAUUCAGAAAGCUUCCGGAGCCUUCAAUCAACUGAGUAAUAUAUGGAAAAACCGCACCAUCCAGUCUUAUACAAAGAUCAGGAUUUAUAAGGCAGCGGUUUUGACAAUAUUGUUAUAUGGUAGUGAGGUUUGGAACACAACCAAAAAGCAGCUACAUCGCUUUGAGGUGUUCCAUCAGCGUUGCUUGAGGAGAAUACUUAGGAUAAGAUGGCUCGAUCGGGUUAGAAACACUGAAGUGCUGGAGCGUGCAAAGAUAAAUCCAGUAGAGACGUUCAUAGGAGCAAACCGCCUGCGGUGGUUUGGCCAUGUCACCAGAAUGCCAGACACUAGGCUUCCUAAGUACCUGCUUAACUGGACCCCUGCGCAUGGGAGAAGAUCUAGGGGCCGUCCAAGAAAGAACUGGAGGAAAUGUUUGCUGGAAGAUGCUGCAGCGUUUACAGGAAACACAGACAUAGACCUAAAAGGAGCGAGCGAGAUGGCUAGUGACCGAAAACUUUGGAGGGAGAUGAUACGUCACAAACGGGAGUUCAUUGGUGCAGGCCACUCGAAUGAUUGA